AUGCGCCUCUCUUCACUGCUGGUCACGGCUGUAACGGCCGGCGCCUCGACUUUGACGCCCCCCGUUCUUCCUUUAAUCGUCCGCAACCCGUACCUCAGCACCUGGCUGGGUAAUGCUCGCGAUGCGCCAUGGGAACACUGGCCCUACUUCUGGACGGGCUCCAGCGUUGGCUUUUCCGUCAUGGCCUCUGUACCAGACUCCAAUACUGUAUAUCCUCUGCUAGGACGACCUCAGGACUCCUUGCCCCCGUCUUCCAAGUGUGUUAUAGGCGUCCCCGCCCCCACGUCGAUUCCUGCUGCGUAUCUGACUGUUCAUGUCGAGGGCUCCUUCGACAUCAAUAUAUAUACUGACGUGAAUGGUGAAUGGGUCAGUGGCAACAGAGGCAAUGGUAUAAUGUGGGAGCUCAGCAGGAUAAAAGCCUCGCAGGAUCACGAGGCCGCUCUUAAGACUUGGAAGGUCAGCAGGCAAUCACAGCAGCUGCUCACCGAAUUUGCAGACCAUGCGGAAUGGGGCACACUUCACUUCACCGGGCCGGCCGACAUUUCUCAUCAAGCUGGCACAUCUGCCAUCUUACGCCAGAAUUUUGCGACAAAGGGCUCGCUAAAGAACGAGGUCGAUCGUUCUUUCAGGAGGAUCAUGGACGAGGAGCCAGUCUUCGCCUUCUCCAAGUCUUUUCACCUGAGCAACAAGACCGGUUCUGAGGCAACAUCAGAGGACAGUGUUCUCUUCACCUUUGCUCUUAUUCAGGAUCCUGUUGUUCAGUUUGCGGCCGCCAGAGGACUGACGCAGAUGCGCCCCCUGUGGUCUUUCUACUUUGCCACGCCCAUUGAGCUUGUACAGUACCACUACAAUGACUUCUCCGCGGCCAGCUUACUGGCCAGGAAUUAUUCGGACCAACUGGCUGUUGACGCGUUUGCGUCCGGCUCGCAAGAUUAUCAGGACAUUGCUGCGCUCUCCGCUCGGCAGGUGCUGGGCGCAACCCAGUUCUCGGGCACUCCUGACAAUCCUAUCCUGUUUCUCAAGGAAAUCUCCUCCAACGGAAACUUCCAGACGGUUGAUGUGAUCUUUCCCGCCUUUCCGUUCUUUUUGUACACGAACCCCCGUUGGCUCGCGUACUUGUUGGAGCCCUUGCUCGAGCACCAGCUCAGCGGACAAUAUCCCAACGAUUAUAGCAUGCAUGAUCUAGGCGCCCAUUUCCCGAACGCCACUGGUCAUCCUGAUGGUAGAGACGAGUAUAUGCCUGUGGAGGAGUGUGGCAACAUGCUCAUUAUGGGCCUGGCGCUUGUAAAUGCUUUCAAGUACGACACCCAGCCGGCAUUCCUUCAGUCUGUUGAGGGUUAUGCUCGCGCGUACGGACAUUUCGAGGCAGAGACUAGCAGUGCCCAGCCGUGGCCUCUUUCCAUGGACCCAUACGGUAUGGACCGCUCCUCGACCGAAGUUACGAUGAGGGGUUCCAAGGAGGCCGAGAAGUGGGUAACUCGGUCCUACGAACUCUGGACUAAGUGGACAGGAUAUUUGGUUCGCGAAUCGCUCAUCCCGGCGAACCAGCUCUGCACAGAUGAUUUCGCUGGGUGGCUCGCGAACCAGACGAACUUGGCUCUCAAGGGUAUCAUCGGUGUUAAGGCUAUGGCUGAAAUUGCCAAUGUCCUGGGCAAGACGGACGAUUCCAAAUACUACACGGACAUUGCGAGCAAGUAUAUUGACAAGUGGCAAGACUUCGGUAUUUCUAGGGACGGUACCCACGCCAAGUUGGCUUAUACGUGGUAUGGGUCCUGGACUACCAUCUACAACCUUUACGCAGACUCGCUGCUCUGCUUCCAUCUGCCGGAUGAGAAGAAAACGUCUACACUGAGUGGACGGAUCAUAGGAUGGUUCCAGAAGUCCAUGGGCAUCGAGGCGCGAUCAACAUUCGUCCCGGACAAGGUGUACAGCAUGCAGAGCAACUGGUAUCAUGCGGUACUGCAGCACUAUGGACUCCCGCUCGAUAGUCGUCACCUGUACACGAAAAGUGAUUGGCAGUUCUUUGCUGCGGCCGUUACCAGCAAGAAGACCCGGAUGGAGAUUCUUCAAAGCAUUGCGGUCUGGGUCAAUGAGACGACGACUGACCGGCCUUUCACAGAUCUCUACGAGACAGAAGGGACUGGUGGAUGGCCUGGCCCUCACUUUAUGGCCAGGCCUGUAGUCGGAGGCCACUUUGCCUUCCUGGCGCUGGAGAGGGCUUGCGGCGGUAAGGCGGUCGAGGGCCUCAGCUUUUUGGACGAGCCGGGAUCGUUUGCAGAUGUGGAUGUUCGCAAGGCCCUCGAGGCUGAGCUUUUUGUCGCGAGUUCUCCGGAGUCGAUGCAACCGGUAAUGGACGACCUAUAG